UUGAUUCCACAUUUGUUUUUGACUUGCUCAAGCUUCUUGGCUGCUGGCAUUGCCAGGGUGAGCGCUAGCUGGUGCCCCGUGCAGAUCCAAGGCAAUGGCCGAGGCAAAGCUUUCAGCAGCUGAACGCCGACGUUUGCGCAAGGAAGGAGGACAUCAGCCUUAACAAUCCAGGAGAAUGUUUGCCUGAAGACACAUGUCUUUCUUCUGCUCGUGAGUGGACAUUUCCUGAUGAGGAGCAAGAUGCUAGGGCGAGGGCAGAAGUGAAAAUCCAGAAGUUGCAAGCAGAGGAGGGCAACGUGGGAAAGGAGGGAAAGGAAACCAAAGACGUGGAGGAGCUUGAUCCAAGCAAAUAUCGCGAGAAUCGGAUCGUAAAAUUGAGUGGUAUUGACGCCUAUCCGCACAAGUGGCACGUCACUAUGUCGGUCCCUGACAUCCAAGAGAAAUUCAAGGAUCUUACAGAUUCUCAAGAGACAGAAGUGACGGCGGCAGAGGUCCGAAUUGCGGGCCGCGUGACUAGCAAGCGGACUUCCGGCGCCAAGCUAAUUUUCUACAACCUGACAGCAGACGGCCAAAGCAUUCAGCUGAUGUGUCAAGAGCAGUUGCAUGAAGGCAACGCCAGCAGUCCGUCGUUUGAGGAGAUCCAUUCCAGGAUCUUCCGCGGUGAUAUCAUUGGAGUUCGUGGAUGUGUUGGAAAGACGAAGCGUGGAGAGCUGUCUGUUUUUCCCAAGCAGGUGGAAUUGUUGGCUCCUUGCUUGAAAAUGCUGCCAAAGAGUCACGCUGGACAAGGGCUCAAAGACCAGGAGGUGAGGUACCGGAAGCGGUACUUGGAUUUGCUCAUGAACGACCAUGUGAGAAAAACUUUCCUCAUCAGGGCUGAGAUAGUGGACUUCAUCCGGCAGUUUUUGAGAGACAAGAGGUUUGUCGAGGUGGAGACACCAAUGAUGACUAUGUUGGCAGGUGGAGCGUCGGCGAAACCAUUCAUUACCCAUCACAAUGAGCUGGAUCUGGAUUUGUACUUGCGCGUGGCUCCAGAACUUUACCUCAAGAUGCUUGUGGUUGGAGGCUUAGACCGCGUGUUUGAGAUCGGGCGCAACUUUCGAAACGAAGGGAUUGAUUUGACGCACAAUCCUGAGUUCACUGCCUGCGAAUUCUACAUGGCUUACGCUGAUUACCACGAUCUCAUGGACAUGACGGAGGAGCUUUUGAGUUCCAUGGUGAUGAAGAUCCGGGGAAGUUAUGUUUUGACCUAUCAUCCGCAUGGGUCGGACAGCCUUCCAAUUGAGAUUGACUUUACUCCACCAUGGCCACGAGUUUCUAUGGUCGAGUGCGCUGAGAAGCUAUCUGGCAAUAUGCUGGGGCGCGACUUCUCCAGUCCAGAAACUGUGCAAAAGCUGGAGAGCCUUGUGGCGAAACUGGAGAUUGAUUGCCUAGCACCAAGAACAGCAGCACGGCUUUUGGACAAAUUAUGUGGACAUUUCUUGGAGGACCAGAUUUUGAAUCCGACCUUCAUCACGGAACAUCCGCAAGUCAUGAGUCCUUUGGCCAAAUGGCAUCGAAGCAAGCCUGGUCUCACGGAACGUUUUGAGCUGUUUGUGCACACCAAGGAGCUUUGCAAUGCCUACACGGAGCUCAACGAUCCACAUCGGCAAAUGGAAUGCUUUCUCAUGCAAGCUCAGGCAAAAGACGCUGGCGAUGUUCCUCAGCGACAAGAACAACAUCAAAGAGGUUAUUCUAUUCCCAGCGAUGAAACCCCAGUAGAGGGACAUAGAAGCGGCCUGGACUUGUUUUUUCACCACGCCGUGAGCCAGAUGCCCUUCCGGAUUGAGUCAACAAGUGUGACUAGGAAAAAAUGAGAAACAACUUUGUCAAUCUUUUGUUGGAAGUCCAAUUUUGGAGUGGCUCAGUCUCAUGCGUCGCCCGUCAAGACAGGUGACGUAGUUGGAAAGCUGGUUGGUUGCGUUCGCCUGAAGCAGGUGAUGCCACCUUGACAUCCUAAAUUUAGAGCGCGCCUUGAUUCUAGCCAGAAAGGUGCUCAACUUGGCACUGAAGAUUUGCAUAGAUUGGCCUGAAACAGGUCGCUGUGCUGCGAUAUUCCUCGCUCGCAAGAAAACUUUCUGAACAGUGUCAUGCCUGGUGUAUUUUUAUCCGCCAGAUUUGUUGAGAUUGGAGGCUGUGACACCGCGCUUUUGCCACUUGCCACAUGUAUUCCUUGAACCCAAACCAAGAGGGUCUAAGCGCUGAGGUUGAGGACCUUGCAUGAAAAGCUGAUGCGGAGCAACACCUUCGACUACGCUGAAACCUGCACCGCAAAAAGGUUGAUAAACAAAGGUUGAAACAAGUUGCUUGCCCCUGGGGUGUCGGAAUUGGCCGUGCGCUAUUGAGCCAAUAUUGACCCUCAGUUGCAACAACACAGAAACAAUGUAGGAAUAUAGAAUAUUUGACUUGUUGCGCUUAUUUGGUGGCUCUCUGGUGUUCAGCGUUGUCUGGGCGUUUCUGAUGCAGUUUGAAGCAAGUUGCUCAGAAGGCCCCUGCCUUUGAAAAUUUUCUUUUGACGCAGUAGCUGCAGCAGGCUCCCCAGUAUCAGUGAG